AUGGAUCUUCCGGUUGCUUCAAAAGAUUUAUUCGGUGGUGAAUAUGGUUGGGUGUCGCCAUUUGUAAUCGAAGUCAGAAGAGACUUGGGUCUUAAACCAGAUGAAUUACCUUCUAAAAAGCCAGAUAUGAUACCAAAACUUGUUGAGAAAGCUGCUCGUGGUAUUAUUGAAGAAGGAAAGCAUACAGGAAAAUACUGUGAAGCCGAGGAAUUGGCUAAUACUCUGAGAGAACAAAAAAACAAGGGAGCAGACGAAGGAAGAAAAACAAAUGAUGACGAAGGUAGUGAUAACUAG